AUGGGUACAGAGUUGGAGUCAUAUAUUAUUCCCUCCGAAGGAAAGGCUAAAGCAAAUAUUAUAAAGGCAUCUACCAAAGCUCCUCCAAAGAAAGACUGGCGAAGGACGUACGAGGAGUUCAUAGCAGCUAUCAGAGCAGCGAAAAAAGCUCAAGCUCAUCUGUCCAAAGGAGGAAAGCUAUCAGAUCUCCCACCGCCUCCACCAUCGACAAAUCUAGACUAUGUCCAAUGCCCACAUUGUAAUAGAAGAUUUAACGAAGACGCUGCCGAAAAUAAAAUCUGGCACACCGACUUGGACUUUAUAGUAACACACAAAGACCGCGUAGUGCUCAAUUUCAAGACUUCAAAUACAACUUUCGUACAUACAACGCCAAUGAUGCAAAAAGCCUUGUCACUGCCGACAACAGCAGCGACGAAACCGAGUGCCAUGCCAUUCGUCAGUGCGCCUGUAGUUACCAAUACUGUUAUUAAAACUUUAAAGGAUAUUAUUGGCCACGAAAACCAUACUAUGUUGGAUAAUAAGGAAAUCGAAACCAGUUUUAUAAGCUCUGUUAACAUCGAGUACAUGAACUUGGCUCUAGCUCUAGUAAUCUAUUCCAUUCGAUAUCCAGCGCUUUUUUGGGCCACAAAUAAGUGUCUGGGAUUAAUAUUUUCCUUCCAAUUGCUAAUAAAUGGACUUCACAUUCUACUGUCGUUUGCUGGGAUGUCGAUAUUAUACAAGGUUCACGUUGUUGGAGUAUGGAAAGCGCUGCCACUUUUGAAACACAACGCCAAGGUUUACAGCUUUGGAAGUCCAACGCCGUUUUUGCUCAACUCUCAAGUCACCUUCGCUUUAUAUACGUUAUCGACGUUGCUAGUGCUAGCUUCGAGUAUUGUUCUUUAUUUCUACGGACAUACAAGGUAG